CCCUUGUUUAUUUAAAAACAUCUGCUGCGUCUGUGUUAUCAUUUCAUACUCCGAAAUCUACUAUUUAUUUUUAUAUAAAUGUUUAGCAUAUAGCAAAGUUAAUAAAGUUUGUCACAAACUAGCGUCACAAAAUGUGGAAAGGUGUAAACUUAUAAUAAAUAUGAAAUGGGAGAAUAUUGUUCCUGAAGAAGAAAAAAAUCAAUACUAGCCAACCUAAAACAUCGUGUACACAUACAUACACACAUAUUUCCGGUCAUCGCUUCAUUCAUCUAACUUUAAACGAAUUUAUUUUGUAAUGACUUGUUAUAGACCCCGAGGGACCCUAGCGCGGGCGAUCUUUCAAAAAUAUCACAAUGAUCGUUCUUUGGAAGAACUUGAUACCAGACUCUGGUACACAACUAAUCAUGAACUACCUCCAAAAUUCCAAAAUAAAUUCGUACCACUACUUCAACCCGAUGAAUCGACAAUGCGUUGGCUAGAACGUGCCAAAGUACUUUCCACAAAUAUUUGGCUACACAUCUGGCAUGCUGUAGCGCGUGUAAUUUUACAAUUCUUUAUGACACAGACUGAUAUAAAUGGAUAUUUAAAUCGUGGUUCAAUGUUUAUUUUAUCGGAACAACAAUUUGCACGAUUGCUUUGUGCCGGUGGCUUUGAUGUUGAGACUCAAGAUAUUAUACACUGCUUGGAUAUUGGCGCGGGUGAUGGGGAAAUCACUGUACGCUUAGUAAAAUCAAUUCAGAAUUUACAUCCGCACUGCAAAAUACAUACACUUGCCACAGAAACCAGUUGGACUAUGCGUGAACGUUUAAAAAAUCGCAACUUUGAUAUACUUGAACGUAUAAGUGAAGUACAAAACGCCCAACUGAUAUCGUGUUUAAACGUACUAGAUCGUUGUAUUGAUCCAAUAGAUCUGUUAGAGGAAAUAUAUAAAGCAUUAGCGCCAAAUGGUCGUGUGAUUCUAGCAUUAGUUUUACCCUAUGUACAUUAUGUUGAAUCGAAUUCGUCCCAUUUGCCACUGCGUCCAUUACUAAAACAUUGGCCAGAACGUUCACAACAAUUGAGUUUUGAAGCAGAAGCUAUAGCAUUUUUUGAAUUACUAGAAAAUAUGGGUUUUCGUAUUGAGGCUUGGACUAAAGCACCUUACCUGUGUGAAGGCGAUUUAAGGCAAUCAUUUUAUUGGCUAGUUGAUAUUGUGGUAGUUUUGUCAAAAAAAUAAAUCAAAUAUUUAGAUAAUAACAUUUAAAUAAAUAUAUACUAUGAAUCUCUUGUAUUAUUGCGUGCAUAUUUAUGUAUGUAUGCAUGUAUGCUCACAAAGAAUAAAAAGUGUUGUUGUAAUUACAA